AUGGGUUUCAACCUACUAUCUGCCCAACAGGCUUUUGCACAGAACAAUCAGUCAGGCAAUACAACUAUCCCUUCUUACACUUGCAACCCAGGAUAUCCUGUCUCCUCAGCUGAACAGUCGAUCAUCUUCACCAACUUCCUGCGCAAGUUCUAUUUCGAAAAGGACGUCUUCCGCGCUGGCAGGGAGCACAUCCUCCUGAAUGCUAUCAACCACAACCCAAACGUUGUCGGCGACCGCGAGGCCAGCUUGGCCUGGGUUGCACCACGUAUCGCGGAAUGGAACAUCACUAUUGCAAACUCUGGUUUCGCAGACAAUGUUGGAUGGAGUCAUGUCAAGGUCGAGGGGCCUGAUAUGGGACGCUAUACUGUCGCCGUCGAUAUUUGGCGUUUCGAAGGAAGUUGUAUUGCAGAACAUUGGGACGCGUUACAGCUGGCACCCCCCGCUAACAGGACUAAUCCCCUGGAGUUGAUUUGA